UCCAGUCCACCGGAAACACGCCCCCUCAUCUGGAUAAUGGUCGAUGUGUUUCUGGUUCUAGUAAUAUAAGCGCAGAGUGUUUUCGCAGCGAGAUGAGCUCAGCAGCGAGGUUGCAGACGCAGAUCUCCGCGAUCAUGGACGUGCUGGCGAAGGCGGCGGUGGCGGAGAUCAGUCAGCUGCUGGAGGAAGACGCCGCUGCUCUUCAUCAGGAGAUCCGGAGGAGAAACGAGGAGAUCCGGGGACUGAAGACGCGGCUGCUGCUCACUGAGACCGAGCUACAGAGACUCUCUGCGGACAGAUGCUCCAUCGGCGUACAGGUGGAGAUCAUGGACACGAGUGAGCCUGCAGUCCUGCUGGGUGUAUCGGCUCAUUCACAGCCUGAUGAUCACAGUCAGGAGAAGGUGGUUUCACCGAAGGAUCUCAUCACCGAGGAGAAGCCUCAUCGUUCCCACGCGCCGGAGCUAAAGCGCGAAGAUCCCGUCACGCAUUCACCAGAACCGGAGGAAGAGGAGCUCGGCGGCCUGGAGUUUGAGAUGAAGAUCGAACAGGUGGAGGAACUUGUGGAUCAGAAACCGAAUCAAGUUCAAUCAGAGCAGAAGAACGAAACCCGUCGCGACGACAGAAACUCGUGGAGUUCGAAAGCGUUCGACGAUCCGGAGAGUCUGAUAGAGCAACGCUUCCAGUCGUUUCCAGAUCCGUACGUGAUGAUGACGGAGGAUCCGGCGGCUCAGGCUUCGUCCGGUUUGUUCUCGUUCGGCUUCGGCGCUUCUGGAGACGUUGAGUACGGAUCGAAUCUUCCUCGACAGGAGCGCUCAUCCGGAUCCGGAGACUCCGUGGCGUUCUCGAUCUCGCGGCCCAAACCGUUCCGCUGUGAGGAAUGUGGGAAGAGCUUCACACAGCGGAUGCGUUUGAUCACACACAGACGAGUGCACACGGGCGAGAAACCCUUCCGCUGUCAGCUGUGCGGGAAAACCUUCUCCAGACAGGAUAACUGUCUCAGACACGUGCGUCUGCACAGCGGACAGAGAUGAGAUGAAGAACGCCGAUCCCAGCGCUUUAUCCUGUCUCAAAGUGAGAUUUCUGCAUAUUGUAACUGUGUUGCUAUUAAAUUCUGUCCUGUAAAAGAGUUCUGCAUCUCUGCUUUACAGCCUGUUUGACACAUUUGUUAAUAUGUAACAUGAAAAUAACGUCUUGAUGAUCAAGUUUGCAACAAUUGCCAAAAUCCCAUGAUUAAUAUAGAUAAAUCUAAAAGCAAAACCAUAAAACAGCUUUCCUUAAUUUUAAGAUAAACUUUUUCUGAAAUAUAUAUUUUUUUAAUCUUCCCUUGUUCACAUCAGGGUUAUUAUCGUUAAUUUAAAAACAAAACCAUAAAUUAACUUAAAUUACUUAAAUUAAAUAAAUAUUAAAAAAGCAUCAGGGUUAUUAUUGUUAACUAAAACCGUAAAAAAAAAUUCAUUGCUUGAAAUAAACUUUAACUGAAACAAAAUUUAUUAUUUUAUUUUAGCUAGUUGCCUAGUCAGCAUUUCUUUUUAUUUCUUUUUAGUUUAACUAUGUAAAAUAAGUAAAACUAAAACAGAAAUAAAAAUGAAUUAAAACUAUAUAGACAUAUUUUAAAUAAAAUUACAAAAACACAGUAAAAUUAUUGAAACUUUAACCACAAUACAAAAGAAAACAGAAAAUAUAAAAAUAAAAAUUAAUUCAAAAGCUACAAUAGUAUCUGGGGGGAAAAUUGGUGUCGAAACAAUGUCAAUUUCGCAGUUAAUUACAAAGAAAUGGCAUUGAAUUAAACAUGAAAUUCUGAGGUAUUUUCUUGUAAAACGCACUCGACUAAUAUUUACAACUUCCAGAAAUCUUUCUUUAGUGUAAUAACUCUAAUAAUCAUUUACGGCUGUUUUUAAAGGAAAUAUUUAUUCUGGUGACACCCAAACCUUUAUUUUCAGUAUUUCUUUAAGUGUGUUGUUGCAGUUUACUUGCGUGAAACGGCCUGAUGCUAAAAUCUGAUGAGUGUAAUAGUUUAUAUUUAAUAUUUUUUUAUCACUAUAAUGGGAUUUUCACACGUGAGAUUGUCAACCAAAUGUGUUCACAUUAUCCUCUGUUAUCUUGUUCCACGUUUCUGUCUGAAUUAACCCUGGGUAAUUAUUUGAUCUGUAAUUCCUGGGUUCAUGUGCAUAUUUGUGUAUUAAUGAGCUCGUUUUAAUAACUGCUCAUCCAUUUGAUUCUUCUGACACAUGCAGCAGAAAUAAUACUCUCUUCUUUACUCCAGUUAAGUUACAGUUUCCAGCAGAUGCACGAUUGUUUCUGUGACUAUACAGAGCUCAUGAAUAUUUAAUGAGGUAUGUGCUGUGGAGUUUAUGAUUGGUUGUCUGUUUGUCUUUGCAUUCUAUUGCAACAUUGUUUCAUCUUUUGGGCCGCAGUUCAGAUUUGGCCUUGUUUAAAGCAGUUUCAAGUUGCAGUUGUGAAACUUUGCUUUACCCAGGGAUAAAAAGUGGCCCACGUUUUACUAAAGCUGUUAACCCAGGGUUAAAUUCAGAGCUCAGUUGAUUCACUGAGUUCCUGUAGAGAGCAUCUUUAAUAUCAAACCUGUAUUGAUGAAUAUGACUUGAUAUAUGCCAUUUGUAGUGCUGUUUAUGGUUUUAAUGUUCUUUCAGUAAUUCUACAUUCACAUAAUGCCUCACAUUUAGGCUUUUUCUCAUUAAACACUUUUAUAUUCA